AUGUCGCGCACAUCGGCAGGCUUUGCGGACUUCUUUCCAACUGCCCCAUCCGUCCUUCAACAAAAAAGAGUCAGAGCGCCGCGAGAGCGAUCUCGCUCCGAGGAUCGACCCAAGGAUCAACUUCAUGACCAGAAUGGCAAUGGACAAUUGCCCUGGUCUCCUGGGACAAACGCAGCCAACAUUUUUACGAAUGACAGCCCACCUGACGUAUCAGUAUCGGAAACCGGUACGGGUCUAGAGAAACCCGGAUGCAAACUCGUUGGAGAAACGAACACGGGCAUAACGGGUACGGAUUCAUCUAUUUUAAGUGCAUCGCUUGCUCAGUGUCGUGCAACGCAGGUGAACGAGGCACAGUUCGAUAAUCUCACACCGGUCACCAACGCAGAGUCUCCGCCUCGCAAGUUGAGUCCUCGUCAAUCCAAGUUCGUUGAAGUGGCCGAAUACGAAUCGAAUAAGUUUGCAACCGAUGAAUUAAAACUUGCUGCUACUCCCCUCCAUACACCGCCAACUCCACGGUCGCAAACUUCGCGCAGUGGUGUCAUCAAGGGUUGUAAGUUGGUCUACGACCCCGAUCUUGAGAAAAGAUCGUCAAAGGAAAAGAGAAGAAAGCCACAAUAUGUGGACUUUGUGGUGAAUGAGCAAGACAGCUGUUCACCAGACCCGCGCCUGAGUAUUUUGAAUUACACACGAGGUGCUGGCUGUAAGCAGAAGACGAAAUACCGGCCGGCUCCUUAUAGACUGAAACAGUGGCCAUAUGAUGCUGCAACCACUAUCGGUCCUGGGCCCCCCGUCCAAAUAGUGGUCACUGGCUUCGAUCCCCUGACCCCAGUUGCUCCAAUAAAUGCGCUUUUUUCAAGCUUCGGUGAGAUUUCAGAGAUAAAUAACCGCACAGACCCUAUCACAGGGCGAUUUCUUGGAGUAUGCUCAGUCAAGUACAAAGACAGCACCUCUUUUCGCGGUUCCGGGCCAAUGCCAGCGGCAACCGCGGCCAGACGAGCCUACUUUGAAUGCAAGAAGGAGCAACGGAUUGGGACACGAAGGAUCAGGGUUGAACUAGAUCGACAUGGUGCUGUCUCAGACAGAAUUGUCGCAAGGGCCAUUGAGUCUCAGCGAAUGGGACAUAAGAAAAACGAAGUUGGAGAAGAGGCAAGAAUUGAGCCUCAAGCAAAAAAGAAUGAACCACCGCCGACAGCGCCCAAAGGCCCUUCAAGAUCUUCCACGCGUGCGAUACCCGCCAUACCCGAAGGCCCAAGAGCGAGCUUUCUCAAGCCUGCCAUGCCCUCUCUGAUAGAGGAAACACCCAUACUAGGGCAAAUCAAGCGGGAUCCAUAUAUCUUCAUCGCACACUGCUACGUUCCUGUUUUAAGCACAACAAUUCCGCAUCUGAAGAAAAGACUCAAAUUAUUCGACUGGAAAGACAUUCGGUGCGAUAAAACUGGGUACUAUAUCAUCUUCGAGAAUUCUAGGCGCGGUGAGGAGGAAACCGAGCGUUGUUUCAAAGUAUGCCAUAUGAAGCCUCUUUUUACUUAUAUCAUGAAUAUGGAGAGCCAGCCUUAUGGAAAUCCCAACUAUGAGCGAAGUCCGAGCCCAGAACGACUCCACGCAGAGCGACGGGAACGGGCAGAGAGAGAGAGGCUGAAAAAAGAAGCGGAUUUGGAUCUCGAGGAAGAAAAGAAACAGCGAGCGAUCGAUUUGGAUCCAUGCAGGGAAGUUCUGGCUCUCAUUGUCCGCGAUUUGAAAGAUAAGCUUCUCGAGGAUGUGAAAUCGCGCAUCGCCGCCCCAACAUUAUAUGACUAUCUCGACCCUGACAGACAUGCGUCAAGAAGGCGAGCUCUAGGCAUUCCUGACCCUGAGGGGAUCAGAAGACAUACUUUCCGACUUGACGUUGAUACCUUCGGUUCGAACAAUUCUCAGUCUUCUCUACCAGAUGGCCGUUCGUUCAGCCCGUAUGGCCUUAACAUACUUGCGCUCCCACGCAUCAGAAAAGCUCAUCGUUUGAACCGUGCCGAUGCUGCCUUCUUAGACGAGAGGCGUAAGCAGCCUGUCCGAAGAAAGGAAGUUCGACCUCUCUAUCACAGACUACAGCAGUUGCAUGAUGUCGACGACUCUGAUGAGGACCAACGUACUCCAUCCACAAGGGAUAUUGAUGAACAGGACAGUCGUCCACCGAGUCGGAUGAGUUCCAGAUCUUCAAUUUCCGAUGACGGUGAGGAAUCAGAACCCUUGGAUGGACUAGCUUCCCAAGAUAAAAGGCAUGAAGCGCGGCUCCUAGGCUUGGAAUAUGGAGAUAACGGCACCGUGCUUAACGAUACAGCAGAUGGGUAUUCUCGGCAGGAUUCACCCGGUCUCUCCUCUACACGCAAAAGGAAACGGGCUGCAGAAGAAAUUGAAGUGCGUAAAAGACCUAAGGAGAGCGAACGAUUGGACUCAGAUCCCUCUGUGGGGACUGAAGAUAAGUUGUUCUACGGGGCUUUUCGUCACUCGGAAACUGUUGAACUCGGUGCUGUGGAGCCAGAAAACCUCGCUGGAAUCGGGGAUACAUUCCUGGGUCCAUUGGAAGACAGAUCGAUCAAGGAGGACGGUGACCACGAGAGACUCUCGGAUGUAGAAAGGCUUCAGAUCAAGUCUGCCAUACGAGGAGCAAAUCUCGACGUCCAGCCACCAUUACUUGACGAACCCUCUAAUGCAAAGAGCCAUGAAGACCCGGUAACAGAGAUCGAAUGGGGGGUGUCUAAUGAUGAACCUCGUCCGACAGUUGAUGAUGAUGAAACCAUAAUUUUGGACUUGGACGGCUGGCAGAAUCUCAUCAAGGAUGAGGAGGAUUUGUGCUUCCUUCGCCAUGUCCUGGCCGGGCAGUCAAGAUCCAAGGUUGGGAAUCUAUCAGCAUGGGCGUGGAGACAGAAAGAGAUCAAAGCUCUCAACCGUCCCGGUGAGAGUGGGCCUGUCCACCAAGAGACUAGGAUACCAGACUACUACGUUUGCAACCUCACUGGAGCUGCUCGGACUGAAGGAAGAAAGAGGAUCUUGGAGUCGGAAAAGUCGAAAUAUCUACCUCACCGUAUCAAAGUUCAGAAGGCCCGAGAAGAACGAGAGGCCAACGCAAAGAGCGAUCCUCAUGCUUCUGCUGCAGAAGCCGCUAGGAUCUCCGCGGCGAAGACAAUAUCUAAGUCCACUUCGAGGUCGACAAGGGUCAAUAAUCGCAGGUUGGUUGCAGACAUCAACGCGCAAAAACAGGCACUCCCUAUGCAAGGUGGAGAUGGUGAUGUUCUCCGUUUCAACCAGUUGAAGAAACGAAAGAAGCCAGUGCGCUUUGCUCGGUCAGCGAUUCACAAUUGGGGUCUCUACGCGGAGGAGAACAUAUCAGCGAAUGAUAUGAUCAUCGAGUAUGUUGGUGAAAAGGUGCGACAGCAGGUGGCAGACAUGAGAGAGAGGCAGUACUUGAAGAGCGGGAUUGGUAGCAGCUACCUUUUCCGAAUCGAUGAGAAUACUGUUAUAGAUGCCACCAAGAGAGGGGGUAUCGCUCGGUUCAUCAACCAUAGCUGUACUCCUAAUUGCACUGCAAAGAUCAUCAAGGUCGAUGGUAGCAAGAGAAUUGUUAUAUAUGCGCUCAGGGACAUUGAAAGAGAUGAAGAGCUGACCUACGACUACAAAUUCGAAAGGGAAUGGGACAGCGACGACAGAAUUCCCUGCCUUUGUGGUUCGACUGGUUGCAAAGGGUUUCUUAAUUAA